GCUCCAUCAAACACAAGUACAAUCCAAACACACACACACACACACACACACACAUAUUCAAAUUCUCAAAGAUUCUCCUUUUUUUUUUUUACCUUGUUGCUAUCUACCAUCUUGUGUUUUUCUUUUAGGCCAAUUAUAACAAACCUGUUGCUUCUUGUUCUACAACCUAUCAAAAAUGAGUUUUUUGAGCACAACAAAACUUGGUUACUCAAAGAUGGAUAAGGAAGACCCUGAGGAAGUAAUGCACAGAAGGGCACAAUUCUUGAUAUACAAGAAAAUGCAACAAGCUGAUUUUCCAAGAAAGAGGCCAUCUUGGUUGAAAGUUAGAGCUACAAAGUUGAAGAUUAGGAUUGGGAAGAGGCUGAGGAGGCUAAGGAAGAGCAUUUUGUCUAUCAUCAUUUCUUCUCCUUCUUCUCCUUCAAACAACAAUAUUAAUGCUCGUGAUCAAGUUGGUUUGCAGAAGCAAAUCAUUUCUCAAUUCAAAGCUCUCAAGCGUUUGAUUGUUCAUUCUCCAAGGAGGAGACAGAAUACUUCCGUCAAUGUUGCUACACUCCGACCAAUCUUCAAGUAAUUAUAUUGGAAGUUUGGAUCCAAUUUUCUCCCUUUUUUUUUCCUAUUUAUUUUUAAUUUUUUGUGAAGUGAGAUUUUGAGGAAAAAAUACCUUAUAUGUAAGUGGGGCUUUUCUUGGAUUGUGACAAUAAAAUGGAGAUCCAAAUUGAUGGCCCCUCUAGCUAGUUGUCAUGCCGCUGCCUAACAUAAUAUCUUGUAUUUCUUUUUUAUCCCCUUCCAAGAACCCCAAAAAAAAAAAGAAAAUUUAUUUGUAUAGACUAGCUCCGGGAGUUGCAAGAAGGGCCUUGAAAUAUAUACAUAGUAACAGAAAUAUAUAGUUAUAUACACAGAAAUAUACUUAUGUUUCGAAAAUGUUUACGUUUAAUAUAUUAGGUGCAGUUUUGUUGGUAAG